UGGAGUAGGAUAAUUUAUUAAUCAUAAAUUGCAGCAAAUCCUUGCAGACAGAGAGAGAUUAUAGGUAUACAGAUACACGUGCAUACACGCACGCAUACACAAGCAAAACCAGCAUGGAAAUUGAACACGAUGAUACAGUGUAUGUGUGAAUAUUUUAAAUGAGGUUGAGUAAUGAAAAUGAAAGCAUUGCCGCGAAAUCGGGAAAGCAAGGAUUGCUGUUUUUGGUGAAGAAACGAGAAGAAGCAUCAACGAUGAUUCAAUUUUUAUAUGGAGAUUCGAGCAAUUAACUCUCCCUCAAUUAGAAACGAAACCUGCUCUGUACUCUAUCGUUUGCUUCUUUUGAUUCUCAUCCUCUUCUUUCUUUAAACUAUUCCCCAACUCCAUUAAUCGAUCUAUUCAAAAAUUUGUAACUUUGUUUGCGAAUUCUGAACCCUUAUUCCCGAAAGAAAGAAAAACCCCGCGAUUUUUCUGAGUUUUUGUUGAUUUUACUGUUGGAUUAAGGGGGGUUUUGUGAUAAAUUGAUCUGAGAAAGUUUUGUGGGUGUUGGUUUCUGAUAAAAUUGAUCCAGGGUUUUGUUCCUUUUUUGCGAUUAACCUCUGGAUCUAGUGUGUUCGAUGCUCCGAAUGAUAACAGGAUCUCCUUAUUUUGAUGAAUCUGGAAUCAAUUGGGCUUACUAUCUGUAUUUUUUUCUACAGAUUAAUUAGGAAAAGCAAAAACAUACUUUGAAUAUUUGAUUUGUUGUGCUAUAUGUCAUUAUACUUAUAGGAUCUGUGUAAAUACGUUUCUCCUUUAAGAUUCUUUCUGAUUUCAAAGGAGACUUUUUAUUCCUUUUAUAAAAAUCUUUCCAUUUUACAAAAGAAAGAAAAAAAAAAAAAUACAUCCAUCUUCAUCUUUCAACCCCCAACAGCAACAAAAACCCAACUUGUUUAUUAGUUUCUGGGUUACACAGUUUAAUCUUUUCACACAAAUCUUUGUUAUAGAGUAGGAAGCAUAAACUUAGAUCUUGAAUUUUCUUGGUGAAAUUAAAAAUGGCAGAUGUUGAUACUGAUAACAAGUGUUGUCAAUGUGAGAUAACAGUUUCUGAAUCUUGUAACUAUUGUACUAAUCCUAAAGCAACACAAAAAAUUAGGGAUCAUAAAAUUUUCAAUCCCUCUGAUUCAACCAAUGAAACACCAUCAUCAAAUUUCAUCAAUGAAAGAUUUGAUGGAAGGUGUCUUCAAGCAGUAUCUGUACGCCACUCAUCUGGCAGGAGUGAUGAAGAUGAGGCAGAAGAUUCUGCAAAGAACUUCUUUAGUCCAUAUAGUCAUGACACAUCAGAUUUAGAUUCAAGUAGUGUAAGCACAAGACACGAAUUCAACAGUUUCAUGUCUCUUAAUUCAAGCCCUUCAGACAGCCCUUCAAAGAUUCAAGAACACAUGGCUGUUUUGAAAAGCCAUGAACACAUAGGGCCCGAGUUUUCUCAAAGUUAUGAUGAUUUUUCAAUCUUUCAAGAACAAUGUGACAAGUCACAUUCACAUAAACCGUUGGAUUUUGAAACAAAUGAUCUCAUUUGGUUUCCUCCACCACCACAUGAUCAAAACGAAGAUGAUGAUGAUGAUGAUGAUAACAAUUUCUUUUCAUAUGGUGAUGAUGAUGAUGAAAUGGGAGACACAAACACAAACACAAGCGUUGUUUUUUCUUCUAGUGAACCGUUGAAAACCGUAGUCCAGGGGCAUUUUCGGGCACUUGUGUCCCAAUUAUUGCAAUCUGAAUUCAAUUCAACAGAAAAAUGGCUUGAUAUUGUAACAUCAUUAGCAUGGGAAGCUGCACAUUAUGUUAAACCAGAUACAAGUAGAGGAGGAAGCAUGGAUCCUGGUGAUUAUGUAAAGAUCAAGUGUAUAGCAUCGGGAAAUCCUUCUGAUAGCGUGUUUGUUAAAGGUGUAGUUUGUACAAAAAAUAUAAAACACAAACGGAUGACUUCAGAAUACAAGAAUGCAAGAUUGCUUAUUUUAGGAGGAGCACUUGAGUACCAAAGGUCAAGUGAUCAACUUUCUUCUAUUGAAACGCUUCUGCAACAGGAAAUGGAUCAUUUAAAGAUGAUUGUUUCAAGAAUAGAAGCUCUUAGGCCAAAUGUAUUACUAGUAGAAAAAAGUGUAUCUUCAUAUGCUCAAGAGUAUCUUUUAGCCAAAGAGAUCUCUUUAGUCUUGAAUAUCAAACGACCAUUAUUGGAUAGAAUUUCAAGGUGCACAGGUGCCCCUAUAACUCCAUCAAUAUCUCAUAUUUCCACCACAAGGGUAGGCCAAUGUGAGCUUUUUACAUUGGAAAAAGUGUCAGAAGAACACGAAAAUCCCAACCAAUUCAACAAAAAACCACAAAAAACUUUGAUGUUUUUUGAAGGGUGUCCAAGGCGUUUGGGAUGCACCGUUUUGCUAAAAGGUUCAUCUCGUGAAGAACUAAAGAAGCUCAAACAUGUGGUUCAGUAUGCAAUCUUUGCAGCUUAUCAUUUAUCUUUGGAAACUUCUUUUUUAGCUGACGAGGGUGCUAGUUUACCUAAAAUGACUAUUUUGCCCUUGGUGCCACAACCGGAGAUGAGUAAUCAAGAAAUGACUAUAACGCCCCCGGGUUUGGAACUUAGUGAAAGUGAUGUGGGUGUUGAGAGUGGAAGGUUUUUUGCCUCUAUGGAGGAGGAGAAAGAUGUUGAAAGAGUGUGUGAUUUGAUGCAAAAUGAUGAAGGUGAUAAAGAUGUUGAAAGGGGUGAAGUGAUUAUUGAGGGAUCUGAGGAGUAUUAUUCAGGCAGUGAUAAUAAUCAGAGUAUUUUGGUAUCGUUUUCAAGUCAUUGUGUGAUGAAUGGAAGUGUUUGUGAACGUUCAAGACUCUUGAGGAUUAAGUUUUAUGGUUGUUUUGAUAAACCACUUGGGAGGUAUCUUCAAGAUGAUCUUUUUGAUCAAGCAUCAUUAUGUCAAUCUUGUAAAGAACCAAGUGAAGCCCAUGUGAAAUGCUACACUCACCAACAAGGAAAUCUAACUAUUAACGUUAGACGACUUCAGUCCCUCAAGUUACCCGGGGGUAAAGAUGGAAAAAUAUGGAUGUGGCAUCGGUGUUUGAGAUGUACUCAUGUAGAUGGGGUCCCACCAGCCAAUCAUAGAGUGGUCAUGUCGGAUGCUGCGUGGGGCCUCUCAUUAGGGAAGUUUCUAGAACUUAGUUUUUCAAAUCAUGCAACUGCUAAUCGUGUUGCUAGUUGUGGUCAUUCCCUUCAAAGAGACUGUCUUCGAUUCUAUGGAAUGGGGGACAUGGUUGCAUUUUUUCGCUACUCUCCAAUCGAUAUUCUUUCUGUCCAUUUGCCCCCUUCUAUUCUUCAAUUUGGUGACCAUUUUCAACAAGAUUGGUUGAAGAAAGAAGUAUCAGAGCUUUUGAACAAGAUAGAAGCCUUGUAUGAUGAGAUUCUUGAUGUGCUAAAUGGAAUCGAAUCAAAAAGUACAUCUUUUGGAAAUGACUUAACCGAUUCAGAUGAAUUAAGUAAUCAUGUAAUGGAGUUGAAGGAGCAAUUAAGUAAAGAAAGACAAGAAUAUAUUGAUCUUCUUCAAUCUGCUGAUGAAGAAAACGGGGUAGAAAUAGAUGUUUUUGAACUUAAUCGAUUAAGACAUUCACUCGUGAUUAAUCUACAUUUCUGGGAUCGAAGAAUCUGUUCUUUAAAUCUUUACAAUCGAAGUUCAAAUCUAAAACCAUCGAGUCCAGAUUCCAAAUCAUGGAGAUCCGAUUCCAUUCCAGAGGACACCAUUUACAAUGAAUCGGAGUUGAAUCAAGAUCCCGAUUCUGUUCCCGAUUCAUUAUCAAUGUCUUUCGAUCUCUGCAAACACGAAGAGCUACAAGUAGAUAUCGAACGCAUCUCAUCGUCACUCGAACGUGCUCCUUCAGCUGCAUCAGUUCUAUCAGAUAAAAUCGAUUCCGCAUGGGCAGGACCCUUGAAAUCACAUGAAUCACAAACGAAUCAAAACCCUAAUUCACAUCUCACUCGGCUACCACAAUCACCUACCAGGGUUUAUUCAUUUGAUUCUGCAAUUAGACAGCAAGAACGAAACAGAAAAGGAUUACCCCCUUCUUCAUUGUAUCUUUCAACUCUAAAAUCUUUUCACGCUUCUGGUGAUUACGUUCAUAUGGUCAGGGACCCUGUUCAUAACAUACAAAGACGAAGCUACUCCCAAGCUUUUUCAAACGAAGAUUUCUCAAUUACAAGCAAACAAUCGUUGAUUUCUUCCACAUCUUUUCUUCCUGAAGGUGCGAGACUAAUGAUUCCAAACGGGGGUCAAUUUCAAACCAACCUGGUGAUUUCAGUCUACGACAACGAACCCACAAGCAUAAUCGCUUACGCUCUUUCAUCAAAAGAACACGACGAUUGGAUUACAGAUAGGGUGAAUUUAAGCAGAAACGGAUCCACAGCUUGGCAAUCUUUAGGGUCGGUGGAUUUGGAUUACGCAUAUUAUGCACAAGAAGAUGCGAUCGGGCCAUUGUUUAGUGAUCGGAAAAGCUCUAAUCAUGUAACGAUUCCAUUCGAAGAUGAAUCUGGUGGUGAUGGGAAGGUGAAAUUCUCUGUGACAUGUUAUUUCGCCAAGAAUUUUGAUGCUUUGAGACAGAAAUGUUGUUCGAAUGAAUUGGAUUAUGUUCGUUCUUUGAGUCGCUGCAAAAGAUGGAGUGCUCAAGGAGGAAAAAGCAAUGUCUAUUUCGCGAAAUCUUUGGAUGAAAGAUUUAUUAUAAAGCAAGUCACAAAAACUGAACUUGAAUCUUUUGAGGAAUUCGCGCCAGAAUAUUUUAAAUAUUUGAUGGAUUCUUUGAAUUCUGGAAGUCCCACUUGUUUAGCAAAGAUCAUGGGAAUUUAUCAGGUGACUGUGAAACACUUGAGGGCUGGAAAAGAGGCAAAAAUGAAUGUUUUGGUGAUGGAAAACGUUUUUUUUAAAAGAAAUAUUUCACGGGUUUAUGAUUUAAAAGGCUCUUCAAGGUCACGUUAUAAUUCGGAUACAACGGGUACAAAUAAAACUUUGUUAGAUAUGAAUCUGUUGGAGGCUUUGAGAACAAAUCCCAUUUUUCUUGGAAGUAAAGCUAAAAGAAAGCUCGAAAGAGCCGUUUGGAAUGACACAUCAUUUCUAGCAUCGAUCGAUGUCAUAGAUUACUCUUUGCUAGUUGGAGUGGACGAGGAAAAGAAAGAACUUGUCCUAGGAAUCAUUGAUUUCAUGAGACAAUAUACAUGGGACAAACAUCUAGAAACAUGGGUAAAAGCUUCCGGAAUUCUUGGUGGGCCCAAGAACGCCGCCCCAACCAUAAUUUCUCCAAAACAGUACAAGAAAAGGUUCCGGAAGGCCAUGACGAGUUACUUUUUGACUGUCCCGGAUCAAUGGUCAUCGUGAAAUCGACAUGUUUUUGGGUAGAAAUUAGAAUUUAUUUUCCCUUUGAUAGGUUAAUUUUGUAUACAAAUCUACUUAGGGAGAGAUUAUUGAAAAAAGUUGUACAUUUAGAAAGAAAGAUUGUUCACAUGAACCCACUUUGGUUAAAUGGAAACUUUGUGGUUAAGGUUAUUGAGUAGUAAUGUAUUUUUUCAUUUGUUGUGAUUUCUUUUGUACAUAGGUUAAAUGGAAACUUUGUGGUUAAGAUUGUUGUGUGUUUAUGAAUUGUUUGCUAGGAGGUGUAAUUUGUUGAGAUUAUGUCAUGCAAAUUAU